UUAUUUUUAAACAGCAUUUGAAAUCCUUUCGGUAGUCGUGCUCGAGUCUCCAACGGAAAUGCGUCAAGGGGACUUUUAUUGUAUUCCCGUUAUGGCGGAGCACACAGAGGCAGACGGCAUUGGCCUGGCCGCUAACAGCAUGGCCCAGCAGCCAGCAAUCCGUUUCUCUGCCACCGCCCCUCCUCCUGCCAACCCCUCCACCCGCAGGCAGCCUUUACUGAGCACCCCUGUGCCUCCCUUUCCUAUGAUGAGGGGUCCUCCACCUCCUGCCCGGCCGCCCUUCGGACGGAUUCCCUUUGACCCCAGUGUGCCCCCUCCCAUGGGUGCCCCUCCUUUACAGAGACCCCCGUUUAUGCCUCCACCUGGAGGAUCCAUGCCGCCUCCACCUGGCAUGAUUUUCCCUCCAGGAAUACCACCUACAGCCGCUCCUGCUCCUUCUACAGAAGAAAUCUGGGUAGAGAAUAAGAGUCCUGAGGGAAAGGUGUAUUAUUACAAUGCACGUACAAGGGAGUCAUCCUGGACGAAGCCUGAAGGAGUGAAGAUGAUCCAUCAGGCUGAGCUGGGUCCAAUGAUGCUGAGCCAGGCAGCGGCGGCAGCCAGCGGGGGUUCAAGCGGGCCUGGUCCAUCUGUCAGCAUCCCAGCUGCAGCCAACAGCACUACAACCACACACACCUCCCAGAGCCCCUCCACGGUCAUGAGCUCCACCUCCUCUCCCAGCAUCACAGCAGCCUCACCUCUCCUCCCAACACCUGUGUCAGUUCCACACAAACAAAAAAACCACCACUCAAACAGCAAAACCACAGCCCCCAGUGCCAUGGCAACCACAAUAGCAGCUGUCAAUCCUCCAAUGGUUACGGUUGCAAUGACUACAGGACCACCACCUCUGCCAGUGGCAUUGCCCCAUGCUGUGCCGCAGCCCACUGCUCCAAUGCCAGGAUUCCCUCCUGUCAUGGUGCCACCCUUCAGAGUGCCCAUGCCUGGCAUGCCCAUUCCACUGCCCGGUAUGCUCCCUGGCAUGGCACCACCCUUGGUACCCAUGAUGCCCCAUCAAAUGGCAAUGGCUGGGCCCUCAGGACUGCCCGGAGCUCUGAGUACAUCUGACUGGACUGAGUUUAAAACCCCUGAGGGAAAAUCCUACUACUACAAUAAACACACACAAGAGACCACCUGGGUCAAACCAGAGGUCCUCAAAGAGACAGAAAAAGCGAGUGAGAAGAUCAAAGAUGCAGUUCUUGACAUGAUUGAUGCUGAAAUCAUGGACAUGCAAGAUGGAAGCCCAAAAAUUGAGCCAAAAAAAAAAAAGAAAUAGGAGCUGAAAGAGGAAGAGAUGACAGAGGAACAGAAGGCUGCGAAAAAGGCAAAGCCUGUUGCAACAACACCUAUUCCUGGCACGCCAUGGUGUGUGGUGUGGACGGGCGAUGAGCGGGUGUUCUUUUAUAACCCAACCACGCGUCUGUCCAUGUGGGAGCGGCCGGAGGAGCUGGUGGGACGGGUUGAUGUAGAUAAAGCGAUUCAGGAACCUCCCCACAAAAGAGGCCUGGACAACAGCCACAAACUGGUGCUGGCUAAAGAGGAGCAGGAGUUUGCUGUAGCAGAAGACAUACCUGAUGAUGAACCCAGCAAGGCCAAGAGACGAAAGAUAGAGGAGAAGAAGGAGGCUGACUCGGAGAAGGAGGCAGCUAUGGAGGCAGAGCUUAAGGCAGCACGUGAGAGAGCCGUGGUACCUCAGGAAGCUCGGAUGAAUCAGUUUAAAGACAUGCUGCUUGAGCGAGGGGUCUCUGCAUUCUCUACCUGGGAGAAGGAGCUUCAUAAGAUUGUAUUUGAUCCACGUUAUCUGCUGCUCAAUCCCAAAGAGAGAAAACAGGUGUUUGAUCAGUAUGUGAAGACGCGUGCUGAGGAGGAGAGGAAGGAGAAAAAGAAUAAAAUCAUGCAGGUCAAAGAGGACUUCAAGAAAAUGAUGGAGGAAGCUAAACUGGGAGUCAGAACAACAUUCAGUGAGUUCGCUUCCAAACACGCCAAGGAUUCACGCUUUAAGGCCGUUGAAAAGAUGAAAGACAGAGAAGCCAUUUUUAAUGAAUAUAUGACGGCCUUCAGAAAGAAGGAGAAAGAGAACUCAAAGAAUCGUGGGGAGAAGGUCAAGCAAGACUUUUUUGAGCUCCUGUCAGAUUACCAUGUGGAUGGUCAGCAGCGCUGGAGCAAAGUGAAGGAAAAGAUGGAGACUGACCCUCGCUACAAGGCUGUGGAAACCUCGGCAGCUCGAGAGGAAUUCUUUAAAAACUAUGUGGAGCGUCUUGCCAAGAAUCCAGACUCUGAGAAAGAGAAGGAGCUAGAGAAACAGGCCCGGGUAGAGGCCAGUCUAAGGGAAAGAGAGCGCAUGGUGCAGAGAUUCCGCUCGGAGCAGACCAAAGAGAUUGACCGUGAGAGAGAACAGCACAAGAGGGAGGAGGCCAUCCAGAAUUUUAAAGCACUCUUGUCUGAUAUGGUAAAGUUGCCUGAUGCAAACUGGUCGGAGACACGUCGGACCCUGAGGAAGGAUCACCGCUGGGAGACAUCCUCACUGCUGGAGAGGGAUGAGAAAGAGAGGCUUUUUAACGAGCACAUCGAGAUCCUCGCAAAGAAGAAAAAGGAGCAAUUUCGCCAACUUCUGGACGAGACGAUCUCGAUCAAUUUGAUGACAUCUUGGAAGGAAGUGAAGAAACUCAUUAAAGAAGAUCCAAGAUGCAUCAAGUUUUCCAGCAGUGACAGAAAAAGACAGAGGGAGUUCGGUGAUUACAUCAAAGACAAGUACAUCACAGCCAAAGCAGACUUCCGAACUCUUCUGAAAGAGACCAAGUUCAUCACCUACAAAUCACGCAAGUUGAUGCAGGAGUCAGAGCAGCACUUGUCAGACAUAGAGAAGAUCUUAGAAAAGGAUAAAAGGUACCUGCUACUGGACUGUAUGUCAGAAGAGAGGCACAAACUCCUCAUGGCGUAUGUGGAGGAGCUGGACCGCAGGGGACCACCUCCUCCUCCCACUGCCUUUGAACCUGCUCGACGCUCCACUAAAUGAUAGCACACACCUCCCCGAUAUUUUUUCCCACUCCUUGGGCCCACACUACCACCGUUGACAUUGUAGACUCGCAGGAACGGCAAAUCACUCCAAUUCAAAGGUUCUACUUGUCAAACCUUUAAAAGUGAAUGGUACAUACCCACUUGCCCCUAGCUCAUGCCACAGAGAACAUCAUGAGAUAAUGACCAAUCAAUUCAGCUAAGCAUAAGAUAGAGACUAAGUAUUUGGACCAACUGGAAGGGUUUUUAAAUGAUGCAUUUCUAGGUCAUCUCCACAAGGAGCCACAAUGUUUUCAUGUUCUUACACAAACUCUUUAUCCGUCCAUUUGAGGGUUAAAGCCACAUUAGAUGCUCAGUGGUGAUUGCAGAGAGUCUGUCUUGUGUUCGGGUAACCGUACUGAACGUCAUCUGAAAGUAUGACCACCUGGUGCAUAUCACCCCUUUUUUUUUUCCUCCAGCCCCAUGCUACAGUCUCAAAUUGCGAACAUCAGUUCCGUUUCACAUGUCCAAUCUUUUGCUCCAAACUGUUAAGAAACUGUGAUUUGCUGAAAUUGGGAGAACCUCCCAAUUUUGUUAACAUUUUUGGUGACUUUAGUCACCCACAGGGAUAUUCAAGAAUUAUGAAAGCCUCUCUGUGUAUAUGUAAUUUUAACUGACUGUUGGGUUAACAUGUAAGAUGUUUCUAGAUGAUGAAUAUAUAUGGAUAAUAUGUAUUCAUUAGUUUGUUUACAGUGUGUUACAACGGACCGUAUGAGCACUGGCAGUUGGCCAUGUCAACUGGUCUUACAGUUUAAUUUAAUUGUUCAGAUGUUUCUUAAAAAAAGAUAUUGUUUUUUUGGACUUGCUUUCUGUACAGCUGAUGUUGAAUAAAAGCAACCAUUUUUUUUUUA